AUUUCAUGCAGACGAACAAUGAAUGUCACUCUGUCUGUCAUGUCAGUUGAAUCCUGCCAUCAAAAUUGCUUAUGAUGAUAAACUGUUGAUUGCUGACGGUAAAAACGGCAAAACCGGCCAUACAUCAUCAUGGACGAAACCUGUUUUAUGACGGCAAACUUAUCCUGCUUUUUCCUAGCUUCUGUCUAUGUUGGGAGCCUCUAUAUUUGGAAAUCAAAUGAAGAUCGAAAUCACCCCAAAACUGUGAUUCGUAGAUUCAUCAGUGCAUUCUGCAUGCUAUUUGUAGCUCCAGUGAUUGUGUAUGUCACAUUAAAAUACAUGAAGCCCCAAGAAUCAAUUGAUCUUCUUACUUUAUUGGGGUUAAGGUGGAAUGGCUUGUUAUUAGCCAUCUUUGUGCCAGUGAUUUUGACAAGUGUCCUCUUUUUAGGGCCAAUCACCAGUUCAUUCUUUGAUGGGUCAUGGAAAGAUUUAUUCAGUGCAGAAUGCUGGAAAAAUAACCUCCAUGAUAUAUUGUGGAUUCGCAACCAAAUUGUUGCACCGAUCUCAGAAGAGUUUACGUUUCGAGCGUGCAUGCUUCCCCAGCUUCUCAAGUGCUAUUCAAAUUCACAGGCAGUCCUAGUCAGUCCGCUGUUUUUUGGAGUCGGGCAUUUUCAUCAUAUGGUCGAGCGUUGGCGGCAAGGAAUGCCUUUAGCUCAGUCUCUACUACUAUCAUGUUUUCAGUUUGCUUACACCACCCUUUUUGGAAUGUACGCCGCAUUUUUAUUUAUUCGAACGGGUAAUGUUGCCGCUCCGUGUGUUGCGCACGCAUUCUGUAACGUGAUGGGUUUCCCGGAUUUCGGUGAGAUUGGCCGACUGAACGGUUGGAAAAGAAUUGUGUUGGCUUCAGCUUUUGUCGUUGGGCUUUUGGGGUGGUAUUUUCUACUCUGGCCUUUAACAGAACCAACUCUUUAUGAUAAUAAUCCUUGAGUAUUAAACUUUUUCGACGCGUGCUUUUUCUCAGUCAUAGAAAUAUACAUUGCUGCUUCAGUUUCUUUUAAAACA